GCGGCAGAAAAAGGAGGAAGAAAGCUCAGACGGGCCACUUGCAGCCACAGCCUCCGUUGACAUCACAUCGUGUCAUAUCAUGCCCCAGUGAAGACGCACACAGUUCAGAGCCGGCCAUGGAUUUCAGUCAGCCUUUUUCAGUCCUCAAUGAGAAGCUGAGACCUCGAGUCACCACCAGCGAGCAACUCUACUCCUCUCUGACCAGGUUGGAGGGCAGACAGCUGGGCCCGCUCAGGAACAAAUAUACUUAUUACCGAGCAACGGUUUUGCCAAGAGAACCUGAACCAAAUGCCACAACAAAGACAGACGAUCCAGAAGAGUCUGUAGACGAGACACAGAAAGAUUACUCUAAAGGAAACACUGCCAGUCUGCUGGCUGGUAAAAACACAUGCCUCAUUAACGAAUUAAAUUUGAACGAUAUCAGCGAAGAUGAGCUGGGUGACGACGAAAGCACCUCACAGUCUGACGAGAAAGACAGCAUGGGUGAGGUGGCCUCAGAGGAAGCAAGGGACUCUGAAGGGUCAGGAUCCAAUGAAAAUACAAACUCUUUCCAGAAAGACUACCUAGAUGGGACCCUACCAGACCUGCUAAACAGUGGCAAGCCGCUCAGCAGACGCAGAACACUGGGACACUACUCAGACACGCUUAAAGAAGUACGGCGAGAAGUGGAGCUGUCCCGCAGACGAAGUAUCAAGCUGAAGGCCCAGGUGGACAAACUGCAGGAAAGCAGAGAAGGAGAGGGCUGGAGUCAACACAAAGAUCGGGUCACAGAGGAAGUUUUGUCUAUUCUGAGGCUGCUGCACCCGCUGACAGAGCCAGAGUCCAGCCAGAUCGAGCCGUCCGAUGGGGAAAACCGCCUGGACGCCGCUCUGGGCCAGCUGCAGAACGUGGCCCGCAAACUGGCAAUCAGCCACACCAAACAGGAGUCCAAACCUGGAGGAAAGGUGGCAGAAGACAGUGCAAUUCUCCAGCAGGCGCUGCGGGACAGAGAUGAGGCCAUAGAAAAGAAAAAGGCGAUGGAGGCCGAGCUGCUGCGGAGUAAGACGGAGAUGAUGACGCUGAACAACCACCUGCUGGAAGCUGCACAGAAACGUCUGGAACUGUCGCUGGAGCUCGAAGCCUGGAAGGUAAACCUGAGAUGAGUUUAAUGUUUAACAGAGACAACACAAGGGUGUGCUUCUCUGGGCAAACACUCAACCGAGAUCUAUAAUCUGAGCACACUGGGCUUUACUGAGGAAAAGAGAGCUGGUGGGAAGGUGUAAACAUAAGACACUCAAAGG